ACAAACGAAAAAAACACAACAAUUGACCAAACAGAGUUAUUUCAAAAACCUCAACAAGGUUGUUCGUGAUUUUAUUUUUUUUUCCCGUAUUUUUUUGAAGAGUUGGUUUCUCAUUGUCGUGAAAACACACAGGCGUCAUCCGCCAGCUCCUAACAUCUUGCGACGGUAUUCGAUCUAUAGAAGAUAUGUGCUGUCGCCCUCCGAUGAAAAGCCUACAGAGAGGCGUCACAUCCGGAUGCUGCAGAGCUCUAACAGCGGGGCCUACGAGCCUGCGUCGGUCAGCUAGCUAGCUAGCUGUAGCAGUCCACUGGCAGCUGUCGAGCCCCCACCUCUCCCCGAAACGUGUUGGGCUGGCAAUUCAGAGUCAAUGUUUUUAGCUCGCUCCUUGUCCAAGAUGUCAAGUCCCAAUCCUUUGUUGAGGCUGGAGCAGCGGGCGUCUGAGGCCGACCAGAUCAUCGAGUACCUGAAACAACAAGUCCAGCUGCUGAAGGAGAAAGCCAUCGUCCAGGCCAGUGUCAGAGAAGAGAAGAAGCUGAUGGUGGAGAAUGCCAAACUGAAGAAUGAUAUUGAGCAACUAAAAAACCAGCUGCUGGAAAAAGAGAAGAAGAGGGGAGUGCGGGCAGUGGCCAUGCCUUCAAGUGACAACAGUGUUGAGUGCAUUUCGAAGCCCAGCCCUCCUAAACCCUCUGGACCAGCAGCCUCUGCUUUCCCUGCUGCGGCCAACCAGAGCCCCUCUCCCAGAGAUGAGGGUAAAAAGAAGAAGCCAGAGAAAAAAGGAGGGGAGAAAGCAGAGAAGAAGCAGGCGGCCCCAAGCCAAGAAGAGGCCACGGUGGAUGUGUCUCGUCUGGACCUGCGUGUUGGACGUAUAAUCACAGCCGAGAAGCACCCAGAUGCCGACAGUCUGUAUGUGGAGCAGGUGGAUGUGGGAGAGGCUUCUCCCAGGACGGUGGUCAGUGGGCUGGUCAAGCACAUACCUCUGGAUCAGAUGCAGAACCGCAUGGCAGUCCUGAUGUGUAACUUGAAGCCAGCCAAGAUGAGAGGCGUGGUGUCCCAGGCGAUGGUCAUGUGUGCCAGCUCACCAGACAAGGUCGAAAUUCUCGAUCCUCCAAGUGGAGCAGCACCAGGGGACAGAGUUACUUUCCAGGGCUUCCCAGGUGAACCAGACAAAGAGCUGAACCCCAAAAAGAAGGUGUGGGAGCAGGUUCAGCCAGAUCUGCGCACGGACGACCAGUGUGUCGCAACCUACAAGGGAGCUGCCUUUGAAGUGGCCGGCAAGGGAGUCUGCAAAGCCCAAACCAUGAGCAACAGUGGAAUCAAAUGACAUAACAGAACUGCUUGAAGUAGAUCAGUGUUUACUUGCUCUGCAGUGAUGGAGUUGAGAAACAGAAGGGCGAGGAAUGGAAGUUAAUGCUUUUGAAGAUGUUCAAUAAAGGGAUUUGAAAAGUAUACAUA